AUGGUAAAGAAGACACCGGCAUAUAAAAAUAGAUUGAAGGCACUGGAACUGGAGCGCAGUGGGGGGAAUACAAACAAGAAGAAGAGUCAGAAGAAUACGGACAAAAAAAUGGUGGAAGACCUCAGCAAUGAACUUGAGCUGCAGAUAACAGGAGCUGAAAAGCCCUCAUUUUGGAAACUACUUGGUGUCCAAUUUGUGCUUUUACCUUAUACAUUAGGAAAGAUGCUGUUGUGGACUGGUUGUUGGAUUUGGAGAUAUAAAGUGAAAAAGUGCUCAUAUUCUUCUGAAGAUGCUUCAUAUCUGACACGAAGGGCCCUUUGUAUUCCGGACGAUAGAUGGAGAAAUAUGGAUGAAGCAACAAAGGAAGAUCUGCUGCUAAGACGCUUGUGGGAGAAAUCAAAUUUUGAAAGGUAUGUAGCUGAGAUGCGAAAAGAAUCGAAGCGUAGAAGAUAG